GCACCAAUCCCUUUUUUUUUUUUCUGAAUUGAUUUUAAAUUUCCAUGCUCAUUUGUAGAAGAACCCUUCCUAGAAGUGCACUGCUCACUGUGUGCGUUUUCCCUGCUGGCGGUUGCAAAUCUGUUCUUACUAUAUCAGUGGGAAACGGUAGCUCAGAACAAGAAACCUUAAAGACGAGCUGGCUGCAAGAGAAGGUGGCAAUGUGUGUGCUUUGCAGCAGUGGUGAUUCCAGGAUACGGAGUGCCAUGCCAUCAUCCAGGCGUGAUAGUUGUGCUCCUUCUCCGUUGGGACCGCAGUGCAAUCUUCAAUUAGAAGACAUGUGAUCUGACAGCCUGCAGCAGAACGAACCGUUUUCACAGGAGAAGCUUUUCUAGGAUACGAAAGCUUUCACAUCCUUCCUGUUUCCAAAAGCUGUCUUCUGAACCAACCAACAAGCAGGCAAAAAAAGAGUGCAGGAUGGCAGUAACAUCACAGCCUCUGCGAGGUAGAAGGGCAUGCAAGAAAAUAUUUUGGGCAGUGUUUCCACAUGCCUGCUUCAUUCUGUCUCUCGUGGUCUAUGCUUUUCUUGGGGCUCUCAUGUUUUCCCACAUUGAAGGUAACCGAAAGGUCAAUUUAAGUGAAGAAUACAGACACUUCCUGCAGAAUCUGUGGGACAUCUCCAGAAACUUAUCAGAUAACAUGACGGAAAAUGAGGAGGUAUUUAAGGAAGAAAUUCAUGCACUAUUCCACACAGCGAAACGAGACUGGUUUGUCAAUCCAAAAGAUAUAUGGACUUUCUUUGGGUCUCUCUUUUUCUGCUGCACAGUAUUCACCACUGUGGAAUUCAUAUUUCAGAGCGGAACUCAGAUGAAACUGAAACAGCUGCUCUGGUUGGGCCGCUCCUGCAUUGCUAAAUAUACCCCUCGUGCUCAUCCCCAGAGUUACUUCUAUCCUUUUGCCAAUGUUUCUCAGCUGCUGGCAAGUUAUGGCAAUACCUAUCCUGUGACAAGGGCUGGAAAAUACCUCUGCAUGUUGUAUGCUUUAUUUGGCAUCCCUCUGAUGUUCUUGGUCCUGACAGAUAUGGGAGACAUCCUUGCGACUGUUUUGUCCAAGUCUUACAGCGAAUUCAGAAAGCUGCAGUCAAAAAUUCUAGCCUCUAAAUUCUGUCCUGGAUCCAUAUGUAUCAGAGGAGGUGGAUCUAAAGUGGACGUGAACGAACCCUUGAGUAUCGUGGAGAUGCUAAGAAGUCAAUCAGCUGUUAGAAAGAAGCCAGCCCAAUAUCGCAACGCCCAAAUUUUUGAGAUGCUAAUUGCCAGAGAAAACGAAUACAAAAAACUAUCCAGAAGUAAAAGCAUAGAGAGGUGGAGCUCAUGCCCUGAACUAGACAGGGGAAAAACAAUGACCAGAGUCAUCGAGAAUUUUGACAGAAUAGGAAAAGAGCUAGAAAAGCUGGAUGUGCCCAUUGUGUUAAUGGUGCUGGUUAUCUUCGUGUACAUCUCCUGCGCGGCCGCUAUUCUUCCUAACUGGGAAACCAGGCUGGAUUUUCAGGAAGCCUUUUAUUUCUGCUUUAUCACCCUGACAACGAUUGGAUUUGGAGAUACACAACUGGAACACCCCAAGUUUUUCCUGUUUUUUUCCCUCUAUAUUAUUAUCGGCAUGGAAAUUGUCUUCAUUGCUUUCAAGCUGGGCCAAGACCGCUUAAUUGGCUUGUAUAAAAAGGUGAUUUCGUUUUGCGGGGAAAAAAAGGUGCCAGCAAAGAAGAUAUAUCCAAAGUAAGUGUAGUCAUUUCUCCCUCACUUGCGUGCUUUGCCCUCUGCAAUGAGAUGGAACUGCUCCUGUGCAUUCCCACUCCCUGCCCUGGGCUUGCAGGAGGCACGUUUUCUGUUUUCCUGUGAGAAUCUGCUGUGAGCUGGUUGCAUUACACAGGAGACACGUGCUGUAGGCACCGCCAGGGAGCAGCUUCCAACAAAGGUCCUAUCCCCUAACUAACAAAUGAAGACAAUGCAUGAUGAAAGGCAGAAAGCUCUCCCUGCCAGCACUUCCCAGCUUCUCCUGCAAAGGCGUGGCUUUCAACAUGCUCCUUAUCCUCUCUGUUUGGGAUCUUUUUCAGUGCUUUCCAAACAGGCCCCAGGUGGCUGCCUUGUCCUGGCACCUGUCUGCAGCCAGGGACAGUGGGGUCGUGGCCCUUGGUGAUGAACUGUGAGCACGCACUGCUGUAACAUGGUUCUUCAUCAGAAAGGGUUGGGUAGAAGCAUGAAACCCGCUGCUUUUUUGUCACAGCUGUGUGUAGUGUAAACAUCGAGUUUAUAUGCUGCCCAGAGGAAUUUUAAAAUCAAGGAAAGAAAACUAGAUGUUCACCUCUUUCUCUGUCCCUGGUCCAUAAAUUGGUCAAAACGUUGCUCAUCUGUGCAGGGCUGAAACCUUUCCUUUUCCAUCAUCACUUAUUGCAUCUGUGCUCAGCCUUGAGUCAAGAUUCAUAACGCCCGGCUAUAACAGAGUUUGUGACAAGCUCUGCUGCUUAGAAGGCACCUGGGCAAGACAUGCAGCAGAGCUCCAGGUGGGAUGAAGCUCCAUCUUUGCUGUUAAAGAAACAUGAUGGCCUCACUGCUCCCAGAAGUUCUCUCCUCUGGUUCAGGUUUUACUCUGCACAGAGCACUUGCUUUCUCUGGGUUCUUUCACCCAUUCAUAGAAAGAAAAGUCUACAGAUUGCUCUGCGGUGUUUUGUGAAUCCUACAGUGAAGCAGAGUAUUGUGGGAAUAAUGUUGUUUUAUCAAGAUUUUCUUAUAUUAUGUGUAAUCUCAAGCUAUCAAUAAUUUCUAUAUAUUAAUAUAUAUAUAUUAUAUAUAAUUUCUAUAUAAUAAAUUAUCUAUUAAAGAAAUGACUGACUUUAAUUAACUGCCUCUUAGCAUGUAGAUGUUAUGCAUGCACAUUGGAUGUGGAUGGCAUCGUUAGGUAUUAAAGCAUGCUUGAUUUUUCCCAUAGCAGGUUUGCCUUUUGAAGAUGAGAUGUUCAGAGUACGUAAAUGACAAACAACUCUGCUACAAUUACUGUGAAUAAUAACUUACAUGCAGUCCUUGUUAUUAAUACUUUGUUGUGAUUAAGCACUGGUGAUAUGUUUACAUGUAAUAUCAUAUCAUAGAAUCAUAUCAUAUAAUGGCCUGGGUUGAAAAGGACCACAAUGAUGAUUGAGUUUCAACCCCCCUGCUACGUGCAGGAUUGUCAACCACCAAACCAGGCUGCCCAUAAUGAAUGAUGGUAUAAAGAAACGUGCUUUAUAAGGACAACAAUAAAGAUAUAGCAGUUAGAAGGAACUCUGCUUAAUUGUUUAAUGCUUGCUGUGAGUUUGGCGGCACACACAAAGUCCUU